UUAGGCGAAGAUCAGAGCUGAUGCAUUCAAGUGGUGGGGUGAGAAAUAGCGAGACGCUGUAGGUACUUCCACUUAAAAAGAAAAAUGAAAGCUUGUUUGAUAAUAGGCAAGCUACCUACUAGAGACAUGGCCAUUGGGAACCACGCUGGGCAUGUUCGUGUACGAGCGUAUGGUGGAACGACAGUUAUCUGAAGUGGCAUAAAUGCAGAAAGAUAUGGAGAAAUGUGUAUAGAUUUUCCGCAUUGAAGACUUGAUUUGCCAGACGUCAUAAUUACCGAAAUCUCCAAUCAUCUCACAGCCCAAAGAAGAAAGACAACCAAGAAUUUCCUUUGACGAGUUUGUGCUGUGAAGUAAAUGGUGAUUGGUUACACAUAGUUUGAGACAGUGCUAAUUAGUCUUGCACAAGUGGGUACCGUGCAGCAGGCAGAGAGAAAUGCCCUACUAUGUUUUAUGGCGUGCUUUACAUUUCUUUUUUUGGCUUGGCUGAGAUAGUCGAUUUAAAGAUUUAGGGACUAGUUUAUAGCCUAAAUAUGGUGCACAAACAAAACCCACAAUGUCAUUUUAGGUUGGGGCAUCAAAAAGGCCGUGGCCCACUUGGUAAUACGAGUACCCAUUUCUGAAAGUAUGAGAAAUCAGUGAGUGGAUAGAUAUGCAUUCUUGGUGGCUAUCUGAAAAUGUGUAUGUUUCAAAAUGGGUAUGUUUCAGGAGAGGUACUAUGCUUGGAGGUUAGGGAUCUCGCUUUUUGAACUGAACUUUGUAAGUUGGAGCUGUGUGAUUGUCCCAUUUUUCCAUAUUUAACGCUUUCCCCAUCCCUGCAGUACACGAAUGACGACCUCCAUCACAAACAGUACGCUUGAGCCUUGCAUUUGUUCAUUAGCUUUGAUUUCCUUCAUGGGUUCUGGAGUUCCCUUUCUAUUUUUCUCCGGAGAUGUAAGUUGAAGAAGCCAUUUCUUCAGCUUUUCCUUUUUUUGUACGGUAGUUAGGAAGGAGUUGUGAUCAUUAACUCUUGCAGCCUUAUAAUUGAUUAGAUCAAUACAUUACCAAAGUUGGGCAAUCAUGGGGUGAACCGGAGAUCUGUUAUGGCUUCACUAGGAUUAUAGUAAUCAUAAUCAUUGAGGAGAGGGUUGGGGGAGGAGGGAACGUUGUACUCAUGGACUGGGAUAUGAAAGCUCCGUCGUCCCAUUGGGAUUGGGAUAAUCUGAUGCUAUUUCCUAAUAGGGGAGCAGACUUUGGCAAGAAGGCUCAAUGGGAGAAUGACACAGUUGCUGCUAAUGGGAAUGCAGAGAUGGACAAUAGUUCAAUGCAGAAUGGAUCUGUCUACUCUCUUGGUUGUGGCUCUGGAUCGACCCUUGCCUAUGGCUCAUCUUCUAAAAGCUCUGCAUCAGUGGAGUUCUCCACCGAGGUCGAAGCAGAUCCCUCCAAAAUCAAGGUGGAGUCUAUAGAGUCUGGCUAUACCGAGAACAGAAAUGUUGGCUUUCUUGACUUGAGAAGCCAAACUGAUCCUAAGACGACUGGGCUAGAUAAUGGGAAGUCUUCUGAAAUGAAGCCUCACGGAGAGCUCAAUGGGUUUUGCGUCAGAGAACAGCAAGAGUCACAGCGGAGUUUCGUAGGGAAGGAGUUCGAUAAAAUCGACAAAACUAAUGCCUCCCUCACAGUUGCAGCUAGUACAGGUAGUGGGGGAGAUAGUCAUAUAGGAUUGAAGUUGGGCAAACGGACUUAUUUUGAGGACGUAUCUGCUAGCAGCGGGAUACCAAUUAAAGCAGCGCCUUCAUUAGGAAUCCCUGUUACUCCCUCUGUUUCUACUAAAAGACAUCGUGGCCUCUCUCAAAGUAUGCAAUCCCCACGUUGCCAAGUUGAAGGUUGCAAUGCAGAUCUCUCCUCUGUCAAAGACUAUCACAGGAGACACAAAGUGUGCGAGGCACAUUCCAAGUCUUCUAUGGUCAUUGUUAAUAACCAGGAGCAGCGUUUUUGCCAGCAGUGUAGCAGGUUUCAUGUUUUGUCAGAAUUUGAUGACGGGAAACGUAGCUGUCGAAGGCGAUUAGCUGGUCACAAUGAGCGUCGAAGGAAGCCUCAGCUUGAUUCAAUAGCUUUGAACUCUUCAAGAUCUGGUUCCAGUUUCUACGAUAGCUAUCGGACUGGCCUUUUAAUGGAUAGAUCAUCCUUCAUGCCUCAAAGGAUUUUUUCAAGUUCAGUACUGGAUGGCUACAACGACUUUAAACUUGGACAUGGUAAAGGAAUCUGGCCAAGGAUUGUUAAAACCGAAGAUCAAUUAAUUUUUGAUGGUCAUUUACAAACACCAAGUGUUAAUCAGCAAUCAUAUAUCAAUGCCGUGUCUCUGCCACCUGCUGAAAAGCGAUAUCUGCUUUUCCAGAGCUCUAAAGCUGCCUCUGGUGACGUUCUUAGUCAAGACAUUCACAACUAUACAUGGAACCAAACAAAUCCUGUCACCCAGGCCCCAACAUUUUCAUCUUCAUCAGGAAUGGAAGUUCCUGGUGGUUUAGAAAUGGCUUCUGCUACAGGAAUGUUAUCGGGUGUCUCCCUCCAACGCCGUGCUCUCUCUCUUCUGUCAUCACAAUCAAGGAGCUCAAGGGCUCCAGGAUCAUCAUCAUUAGAUCUGGCCCCACGGCCAGGUUUUGCAUUGGAACAGUUUAUGCAUGAGAAUCAUUCUACCAUGACUCAAAUACCAGUGCCAGAAAUGCAACACAAUUUUAGUCCCGUUACUGACAAGUUUCUCUCUAUUAGCUCCCAGCCUUCUACAGGUUUAGUCUCGAAUGGAUAUCCUGCACCUGGAGGAAGUUCCCUGGAUAAGGUCAAUCAAGGGGGCUCACUUAUUCCUAAUAUGGGUGGUAUUGGAAACUUUGAAGGUCCUAUACAUGAUUUACUGCGAGGACAGGAAAUGAGAAGUUCUCAUGAUUCAAGGUCCAAAGAUGUUCGGUCUACUAUAAAUUUAAUGCAAAGGUCUUCACAGGUACAGAGUAAUGAAUCACAGGAGCGAUCUGGUAUUGGGCAACAUGGUAACAGGCAAUUGAUGGAGUUUCAGUUGAUGCGGUGCUAUGAGCCAUCAGUUUUUGACUCACAGCAUAUGCAGUAAUUGUAUUAUCUACCUGUUAAAGAGUCCUGGACCUUCUCCGUUUUAUUUUGAGAUCAGAUAUUUGGUAAAGACAAACUAUUGAACCCUUGUGGUUCAAGCUAUAUUCAGGUGAUCAUGAACUGUUGAGCAGACAAUAAGACUAGAUGCUAUCUACCCGUUUUCUGUAUUACGGACACGUUAAACAAGUUUUUCUAAAUAUGAAAUGCAUGAAUGAGUAAUUAUUUUGUGUUCA